AUGGUAUUUGAUGAGAAAGGAAAGUUUGUACGAAAAAUUGGUUGUCAAGGUGACAAGGAAGGACAAUUCCAGAAUCCGGCUGACGUCACAUUUCAAAAUGACGUCGAGAUUCUGGUGGCAGAUGAAGUGGAGUACGGUAACAGCAGAAUUCAGGUGUUUACAGUGGAUGUGGAACCUUUGCUAAAGCUUGGAGACAGUGGCUCAGAAAGAGUGGAUCUUCCAAUUGGCUGCGUUUGUUGCGAGGAUAAGUUCAUUAUAACUGACUGGAAUAACAGGUUUGUGAAAGUGUUUGAUAGCAAAGGACAGUUUUUGUACAAGUUUGGACAGUUUCAGCUGCCGUGCCGGGCUUAUGAAGGACAAUUCCAGAAUCCGGCUGAUGUCAUAUUCGUAAACGAUGAUGGGAUUCUUGUAGCAGAAGAAUGUAAUCACCGAAUACAGCAGUUGAAUGUACAGACAGGGAACUUUGUGAAAAGAUUUGGAAAACAGGGAAGUGGAGACAGACAGUUAAAGAAUCCCGCAAGUGUUUGUAUUAAAAGCGAUGGAGAGUUUAUCGUUGUAGUGGAGUAUGGCAACAGCAGAAUUCAAGUGUUUACAAUGGAUGGUGAACCCGUGUUAAAGUUUGGAGACAUCGGACCAGAGAGGCUGAAUCAUCCAAUCGCCUGUGUUUGUUACGAGGACAAGUUCAUUGUAACUGACUUGAAAAAUAACUGUGUGAAAGUGUUCGAUAGCAAAGGACAGUUUUCGCACAAGUUUGGGGAAAAAGGAAACGGUGAUGGACAGUUGGAGAUGCCGACAGGCCUAUGUAUUGACAAUUAUGGCAACCUUCUUUUAUGUGACGUAGUACGCAUUCAACAGUUUACACUGGAGGGAACUUUCACUGGAAAGACAAGUACUGUACCUUGGAGCGUUGCCACAAUGCCAGAUGAUCGGAUUUUAGUCACUGGAUUUAACGAGAGAGGAGUAAAAACUCUGAGAUAA